AUGGCACUUUUCAAACCGAAAAUUCCAAACACUGCCCAACACUUUGUAGAGUGUGGUGUUGAAGAUUGUGAGAGAAAUUGUGAAUUCUACUGCAAUAUCUGUCAUCAAAAGAUGUGUAAACAAUGCAGGAACCAACAUCUGAAGAUUUCAGAUAAUAAGAACCAUGAGGUGGUCCUUUACCAACAACGUAAACGACAACUUCCUGUGGAGAAAUGCAAGAUCCACCCCACUAAAGAUAUUGAUAUUUUCUGCGAAGAAUGCAGUGUUCCUUUAUGUUCAAAGUGUUCAACAAUGCAAGAUCAUCGGGGGCAUCAAUUUAUUGAUUUAGAAAUUAUACACACAGAGAAAUUUGAAAUUUGUCAAAGGGAACUCUCUAAAAUCCAUAAUUACUUUGUUCCUACAUCACAGGAUUUACAGAGAGAAGUUCAGGAAGAUGCCACAGAAGUUAAACAGAUCAUGGACAGCAUACGGACAUCAAUGAAGUCUGAAGCUGAGUCUCUCAAAAACAUGGUGGACACAGUGCUCUCAGAAAAUAUGGAAGAGUUACACCAAAUAGAGCAGUCAUUACUGAUGAAAUUAAAGAGUCAAGAGAAGACAUUUGAGGAAUAUAUUGCCCAUCUCAGUGACCUUGUUAAAGAGUUCCAGAGUUACCUAUCCACUACUAAGCUAACCAACUUCACAACUAAACUUCCAGAGAACUUACAAAUAAAAUCCAUACCAGAAACCACAAAACCUGUCACACCAGAAUUUUCUUCUGCUCAAUACAGCAAAAACAAUGUUGCUAAAUUACUAGGGAAGAUAACUGAAACAAAUAGAAAGGAAACAUUAAGAAGAGUAAAGCCCAUGGAAGACGUGAUAUCUGACGUGAAACAAACAUUGUCUCUAUCUACCUCUGUCACCAAGUUCAGGGAAUUCAAUUUACCAGGUGUUGCAAAUGUGUAUCAUGUAUCACUAGAUCAAUCAGACAGACUCUGGAUCAGUGACAAGUAUGGUAAUCUUGUCCAAACAGAUCUACAGGGGAAUGUGAUACAGAAGAUAAAAGCCAGUGGUAGAUAUCAAGGUUACCACACGAUGACACAGGACAGGGAUCUUAUCUUUACAGAUCAAAACAAGAAAGUCAUCAAUAGGAUAAAACGGGAUAAUAAUAUCACUGACUUCAUUAAAACUGGAGACUGGUCACCACUCAGCAUACACUCCUCCGACAUCAACAAGGAUCUACUGGUGGGGAUGGAGACAGAUAAAGAGGCUAAAGUCACCAGGUACAACAAGACAGGAAAAGAACUACAGAACAUACAGAGGGAUAAUAUGGGACAGGACCUGUAUAGAACACCACACUACAUCACAGAAAACAUCAAUGGAGAUAUCUGUACAUCAGACUAUGGUAAAUCAGUAGUGGUGGUGAAUAAUUCAGGACUAUACAGGUUCUCCUACACAGGUCAGGAGUCAGGGUUCUAUCCCUAUGGAAUCUGUACUGAUGUCCUCGGUCACAUCCUGGUGUGUGAUGCGAUCAGUAAAGCUGUUCACCUACUUGAUCAGGAUGGUCAAUUCUUGUCUCUAUUACUCACACAACAACCAGGGGUAAGGUAUCCCCGUAGUGUGUGUGUGGAUGAUGAGAACAAUUUCUAUGUGGGACAAGAUGGCACCAACACACUGACAGUAUACAAGUAUCUAAAGUGAUUAUUAUUCUGAACAUUGUAAUUAUAAAACUUAAAUUUUGGAUUUCCAGUACAAAAAUGCAUUUCCUGAAUAGUGUUCAGAACUUUGAACAUUAUACUGAACAAAUUGUACAUACUGUAAGUGUAAGUUCAUUAUACCCCCCGCUUGAAAAGCGGGAGGGUGUAUAGUAAUCGUUAAUUCCGUCCGUCCGUCCGUCUGUUACGCUUUGGGGUACCCAUCUCUUAUCCGCAACUCCUCUCAUACCACUGAAUGAAAUUUGAUGAAACUUUCAAAGAAUCUUUAUUACAUAUUGCCAUUGUGCACCUCCUAUUUUACUUUUUGAUCUGACACAUAUUUUGGGUUUCCCGGCCACAGGAAAACAUGGACUUUUUCACCAGUCAUAACCAUAUGGGAG